AUGGCUCUGAACCUGAGUGAGAGUCGACGGAGACAUCUGAGUGCUGGGUACCUCGCAGCUCCUCCCGUUCCUAGCACUAGGCGGGUAACAUCCGCUGGUCUGCCUCUAGGCACGGCAAGCCCGCAGUUGCACGGCGGUUAUCAGAACUACGGCGCCGGCGGCAGUCUUAGAGCGCAUCUGCAGCAGCAACGUCGCAUAUCUCGAAACUUAUCGCCGCUUACUGGCAGGAGCUCACCACGAUCGCGGCACGCAUCUCGCUCGGCGGCCCUGUCCACUGAGCAGUCAGACCUGCUGCUUCCAAUUCCGAACUAUGGCUACAAAUUUUCCGCAGCAACAUUGGCUAGAGCAGAGAAGGCCCGAACCGCUAUUGAACUAUCAGUGGAGUAUAGGCGGCUACUGAAUUUAUUGCCUCCGCUCAAGCCAGACUCGACCGCCCCCGGAAACUACAGAACAUCUGCUUCUAGCGUACCAGGCAGUGGCGCCGUCCACCUGUACCAGAUACCCUCUUUCACCGGCGAUCGAUACAAGCUGGGAAGAUCUUACAACCCGUUACAGUAUCUUCGCAAUCGCAGACUGAGAGCACGUGUCGGCAGGCCACUGGAUCCAGGUAAGGAGGAGUUCAAUGACACGGAGCGAGUAAGAGCGUGGAUUGAUACCGUACAACGUAUAUCGGGCCACGAGGGAUAUCGUGAACAGGACGGCGUCAAUCUCCCAGCGUACUCGGAUCAGCUCUCUGCUGCUGGCGUACAACCAGAAUCUGAGAUAGGGCAUCGUAGGGCAGGCACAGCAUCUAGCAACAUCAAGCGCCCCCGUAUGGAUUGGCACUUCUCUCCUUCGGGCCUUCUAGCCGAUGUCGUGUGGCUUGAACAAGGUGAUAAUAAGGGAUUAAUCGAGACCAGACACAGUUACAAGAUCUUUCCUAAUCUCGAGCCACGCCAGAGCAAGGAGUCCGCUCCAGAGCCGGAGGCGAAGCGGCACAGCACGGUUGGGUCUGUAGUGUCCACCAUCCGCUCUGGUUUAGGAACAGCAGAUAACAGCGAUGAGGAGAACCACCGUGGUCGUAAGAGGCGGCAUUUGCUCCCCGUACUCGGCGACAAGAGUAUUAGGCGUGCGUGGCGCGCUUCGAGGACUCGUUCUGGAAGCGCAUCUGGCCUGUCAUCCUCUGACGGUGAUGACUCGAGUCGACGUAGGGGUCGAAAGCUUCGCCAAGCGCUCACGACGGAUGAUGAAAACACUGGUCCUUUGGAGAAGUAUCUGAAUGAUAUACCUAUCAAUGAUCCUAAGGAUGAUGAUAUGUCGUCACCCAGUGUUCUCUCCCCAGACACUCCGAACAAAUGGGGCCAUGGUCAUGUUGCAUUGUCCGGCGACCGAGUCAAUCUCGACAAGAGGGACUCUAGGGAUUUCGCAGCGAGCGACGGGUCUCACCAAGCAGUUUCUGGGAUCUCUCAUUUGGGCAAGCCAACUUUGAAUGGUCGUCCGAAGGAACCUAGGGUCUCUUUUGACGGCUUUGACUCGACUGCACCGAACUCUCCAAGCAUAGACAAAUCUGCUGCUCAAAUCACUCCUGAUCCAACCCCACCCAGUAGUCGCAAGCCUUCCCCAACGCGAAAGUCCCACAAGUCCAAGCUUUCCAUAUUCCGCUCCGACACAGGCAAGAAGGACAAGGACACGAGCGCUGUUGAUGCUGCCACUACCGACCACAAAGAUCACGACAGCUCACCAGCACCAAGCGCUGACGCAGAAAAUCAAAACCGACGCAGUAUUGACAGACCUCACGUGGAAGAAAGUUUGAAGAAUCCGCCCACUCACAGGCGCGAUGAGAGCCGGAGCAGUCUCAGACGAGUCGAGACCAGAACAGCCAAGGAUGGUAGAACUCGCAAGGAACCAGGCUCAGCUGUCUCCCGGUUUUUCAAAGGUGGCCGCCUCGGAGAGAUUGUACGCAGCGAAUCCGCGAAAGUGGGUGGCUUCAUCUGGCGAAAAGAGACUUUGGGAGAUGACCAGCGAUCCGUAAAGAGCUUCAGCGACGUAUCUGAGUUCUCGGAGACUGAGGAUGAAGGGCCCGACGCAGGUCGGAUGAAGCAGCGACCCAAAACACACAAGCGGACUGUGACCAUCGGUGACACAUUGGAGACAGAUCCAAAAUAUCACCGAGUCAAUUUGCCGUCAUUCAAGCCAUUCUCCGCCACACAAGAAGAAGAAGAAGCCGCCCAGGCCAACACAGCCAACGGCACUGAUGAUCCAGUCCAUCGCCAGCAGUUGGAGCUGAAGAAACGCAAUCGCUCAGCACGUUUUGACCGCCUUGCGCCGCCGAAGAUCAACAUCAGCACAGCGUCCACUCCGAACCUUUCGCGGCAGAACACCGACGACCGCCGCGGCAGCUACGCCUCCUCCACUCAAUCGCGCAAGCAACCAACAGAUCGCCUCACUGUCAGCUACACGAAAGCGGGUCGCGACAGCCCUCCGUCCAGUCUGAAGCUAGACCGACAGCGCAGUCCCAGCCGUCCACCGAUCAACAGCAAGCGCCACUGGAGCAUCUCAGAUCCAAGCCAACACCAGCGCCGCCAGUCCAGCACCACCAUCGAACCCAGCGCAACCCUCGCCACUGACCUAGCCCGCACGCGCGCCCUCCUCCUCAGCACAGGCAUCAAAGCCCACACCAUCCACCUCCUCGCCAGUUCACCCCGCUCCCCACCCUCUCCCUUCCUCCUCAAAGCCGCAGCCGCCGCGCCCGCAACCCUUGGGCCUGUGCCUCGCAACGAAGAACACAUCCUGGCCGCCAAACUCCUCUCCUCCGCCAUCGAAGCCGAGAUCCAGGGCCUGCAGUCCUCCGCCGCGGAUUUCCGGGCCCAGACCGCAGCGCUGCACUCCUCCCUCUCCGACUUACGUCAGAGCUGCGAAGACGAGCUCACGCCCCGCGUGCGCGGCUGUGCGGACGAGGCGGACGAGGUGACGAGAAGGCUGACGCAGGAGAUGCCGCUUGCGGUCAAGGAGGUGAGCGAUCGGAUCGAUCUGAUGCUGAGGACGAGGCGGAGACGAACGAGGUGGGUCAGGCGCGUGGGGUGGAAGGUGCUGGAGUUGGCGGUGCUGGGGGCUAUGUGGGGCGUUUGGGCUGUUGUUGUGCUUGUCAGGUUUGUGGCGGCGGUAGUGAGGGCGCCGGUUCGGGCUGUGAGGUGGGCGCUUUGGUUAUAG